CGAUAUUUUGAGCAAAGAACGCGAAAAAAAAUUUAAAAUAUCUGUUCACCCAAAGAGGCCCUUAUUUCAGGGGUUAAACUCAAGGCUGAUAAUCCGACCACCCGUACAAGGUCCUUUGUGUCUUGAGAAUAAUAGCAGUUUCUAUUUAUAAACAAAUGAGAUUAAACCGUCUACUGAGGUAUUGUAAUUAGAUCGGAUGAUUUAAAGGCAACGCAGACAAAGCGCAAAAUCUUAUGAAGCGAGCAGACGUCAGGGAACAUCAUUCCAAUAGGAACAACACAAGAAUUCAAGCCUGAGGAUUGUUUAUUAUACAGCUGAAAGUUGCAAAUAUGCUUCAGAGCCGUAAAAGAACUGCCCAACAGGCAGCCGGAGUAGGAGGGAAGAGGCAGCGCAUUGCUAAACCAGCACCAAUGUACAGCCACCGGCGAAACAUGUUCUCAAAGGGUGAUCAUGACCGUCAUAAGCCGUGGGCUGCACUUGGUGCGUGGUUCAUGGGACCCAAGGCAGAGAAUGGAGAUGUGUUCCACGAACUUGUGACUCAAACUAUCGAUUCACAGAUAAAAUUCCGUCGACACGUUUAUUUUCCAUGUGAUCCUCCUUACGUGACAGACGAGCUUCGUAAGGCAGAAGCCUUUCAAGAUGCCAUGGAUAAGUUGAAAACAGAGAUGGAAGCACUUCAAAAUAAGAUGAUGAAUUCUGUGCCAUUCUACAGCUCACGAUACAAGGGCCAUGUCAACUGGGAUGUAGCGAUGCCAGCCCACCUUGGUUAUAUUUGUGCCCUGCUGUAUAAUCAGAACAACUGCGCAGCGGAGGCCUCCACCGUUACCACUACGUUUGAGCUGGAAGUCGGGACCGACUUGUGUGUCAUGAUGGGGUACGACAGAGAUAAGAGUAUGGGACAUUUGGUCACCGGGGGAUCCGUUGCCAACAUUGAAGCUAUUUGGGCAGCAAGAAACGUCAAGUUUUUUCCUUUGGCACUACAGAGGGCUCUAACGAAAGAAAAGAAAUUGGCUGCCGCAAAACAUUACAAGGUUUUCUUUCCCCAAAGAGGGAAGAAAGGUGAACGAGGUGAACUUACAAGUGGUUCUGAAUGGGAACUCCUGAAUCUCGAAACCGCCUCCAUCCUUGCCAUGCCUACCGAUGUAGAGAAACUGACGGAAUUAGAACACGGUGAAUUUAUGGACAUCAUGUCUGAUUACCUCUACGAAUCCAUUGGAGCUGCCGAAUUUGGUCGCCGGCAUCCUCUGAUAGAGAAGUCUUGUGUCGUGGUACCAAGCACUGCUCACAUUUCCCUUACAAAAGCAGUAACUAUUUUGGGAUUAGGAAAGAAUAGCCUUGUACCAGUGGCAGUCGAUGAAGAAUCCCGAAUGGACGCGAAAGUACUGAACAACAUUCUAGAGAAGCACCUUGAGAAAGAAAUUCCUGUGAUUGCGGUCGUGGCCGUAAUGGGAACCACCGAGGAGAGUGCUAUUGAUCCACUCACUGAGAUCCUGAAAAUAAGAAAAGACUUUAGCAAAAAGGGUCUCGACUUUAGCAUCCACGCUGACGGAGCCUGGGGAGGAUAUUUCUGCAGCAUGCUGCGUGAACAGCCUACGACUCAUUACUUACGGGCGCCAGAAGAUUCAGGCUUUGUCCCACAGAUGUACCUGAGUUCCUAUGUUCACGACCAGUUGUCAGCUCUAGACCAAUGUGAUACAAUCACCAUCGAUCCCCACAAAUCUGGCUUCUGUCCAUACCCGGCAGGAGCGCUGUGUUAUAAAGACAAGCAGAUGAAUACCUUCCUACAGAUUACCACAAGUGUGGUCUAUUACCAUGGUGAUAUGACACUUGGAGAUAUCGGAAUUGAAGGUUCUAAGCCGGGUGCAGCAGCCGCAUCAGUAAUGCUGGCAAACCGAGUUAUUGGUCUCCACAAGAACGGCUAUGGUCGAAUUCUGUCUGAAUGCACCUACACCGCUAAAAUGCUGUACUGUCUUUGGCUGACGCUCCCUGAGGACGAUGAUCAGUUCAUAAUAGAAACUACCAAGCCUCUGCCACCUAAAUGGAAAAAUAUGUCAGAGAAGGAACAAAUCAAGUUUAUGAGAGAGAGAAUCAUUGGAAAAACUAACGAAGAACUUGCAAAGGACCAUGAAGCCAUGGAGUACUUGACAGAGAUUGGUCCAGACACAUUAGUUCCAUGCUUUAGCGUCAAUUUGAAAGGCAAUAAAAGUGUUGAUGUCUGCAACCAGAUCAAUAUGGCGAUUUUUCAAGAUCUAAGCCAUUCCACCGGAGAGAUGACUGCACAUAGAAUCCCGAUGAUCGUGACGGCAUCAAGCAUGCUCCAUCAUAAACACAGCACCGCCCUGAAGAGCUAUAAGAAGAGACUUGGGUUGGAGCACAAGGAUGAAUCAGCUGUCAAGUUUGUUAUUACUACUUGCAUGGAUCCAUGGGCAACAUCCGUCGACUUCUUGAAUGACUUGGCCGCCAUUAUGAGGAAUAGCAUUCUGUGUGCCAUUGGAACGGUAACAGAUUCCAAAUCCCACCACGACUUCGUCAGCACCGGGGUCGUCAAUAGCGAGCGUGAACUAAUCGUCUAUUACGCCGGCAACUUCAAGGACGUCUCCAAGCAGUAUGCCACAGUUGCCACGCUCAAAUUCAAUUCUAAGAGCCAAGCCGACGAGUACACCACGAAACAAGAUGCUCUGAUGAGAACCAGCACCGAGCCGCAACCAAUUGUCUUCAGGAGCAAGGCUAACGCCACACUCCAUGAUGUGUUUUUUGGAGAAUCGGAGUACGGAGAUCAGGAGGAAUUAUUUGAAUGUUUCGUUGGAAUGCCUUCCCACGGGAACAAACCUUUCAUGACAGCUAACAUGAAGGUGUUAGACGUUCCUCAGUACGAGCACUUUGAUGACGAAGAAUAUCCAGAGUCCAGUUCCUACUUCAUGUACGGUGACAAGAAAGAUGCAUUCUUGUUCCACAUUCCAACAAAGAAUCCUGACUUCCUACAGAUCGUUCAACUGGAUGACAUUCCAAAUGGAGUCGGUACAGAGGGUAAUAAGGAUUUGUUGCUGAAGAAAGGUGUUGAAGUCAGCAUACCUGAUAUUGAUGGAACUCCGACGACCGCAGCCGGAGAAGUCCAGGACCCGCUGAAGAAAAAGCACUACGACAUUACGUUCGUGGGAAUAGAUGGAGAAGAAGUGAAGACCAGGGUAAAGCUUGGCAGGAAGAUUUGGUUCGAUGGAACGAGAAUCAACAAGUGAAGCUUACUGAUCCAGUUCAUUGAUUAAGAUCAUUAAAAGGCAUCGAGGGUUUCUUAGAAAGAGACAGAACUUGUAAGAAGUACUGUGAAAAAGUUGCUCAGUUAUGAUUUGUAACCUUCUGUUUGGUGUAUAAUGUCAAUCCGUUAGUUAGUUUUUUACACUACUUCGAUUAAGCCCAGUAGCGUUAUUUCAAAGUGACAGUCAUUGUUAACAGUAGACCAUAUUCGUAUUCCCGGUAUUGGACUGGAACUAGCUUGCAAGUGAGGCUAAUGCGGGGAGUCUUUUCAAAUGCAAAUGAAAUUAAUCUCUUUUUCAUGAUAUUCCCCAGCAUGAGCCUCUGUUGCAAGCUAGUUCCAGUCCAAUACCGAGAAUAGGAAUAUGACCUAUUCCAGGAACAUUUGUUGCUCAUUAAUUCUAACUAUAGAAUAAUCCAUUUGCCAGUUAGAGAAAAGGAAAUGAUGAUAAUGACAAAUUUUAACUGUCAAGCUAUUAUAAUGCCGAUCAAUAAACUCAUGAUCAUUUUGAGCAUUGUUUUUUCCAUUGGCUAACAUGUGCUGGGACAUUAAUCUAAUGAAGUUUAUAUUAAUAAACAAGUAGGUAACCUCA